AGGUCUCCUCCCACCCAUUCUUCUUCUUCUUAACCCAGCACUCUUACAACAUGUGCAGAUCCGUCAUCACACACUGUACACACAGCAGGCGUGCUCUCUGAUCGCAUCUAGCAUCAACUUGGACAACACCAGGACUCCCCAUCAUUAUCUGCUGUCCCCAAGGAGAUACACAAGCAUCAUGGACAUUUAACAUACAGUCAUAAGAGCACUUUCCAUCCUGUACCCAAACCUAAAAUUUGAAAUCAUCCUGAUCUUAAGUGGAACUUGAAAACUAUACACCUAAAAAUUUGAACCACUGCUAAAACUUGUGGUUCUUCAGAUGCCUAAGAACAGUAAGGGAGUUAAAAGAGAGCUAGAUGACGAUGUUGUGGAAUCAGUUAAGGAUCUUCUGUCCAAUGAGGAUACCAAUGAUGAAAGCUUUAAAAAGAGUGAGUUGAUGGUCCACGAUGACUUAGAUAAAGACAGAGAUAUUGAAGAAGGAUCCGAUAUCGAGGAUGAAAGACCAGCAUGGAGCAGCAAACUACAGUACAUACUUGCGCAAGUUGGAUUUUCUGUUGGUUUGGGAAAUGUCUGGAGAUUCCCAUACUUGUGUCAGAAAAAUGGUGGAGGUGCCUAUUUAGUGCCAUAUUUAAUACUCCUCCUGGUGAUUGGAAUCCCACUCUUUUUCUUGGAGCUCUCUGUUGGGCAGAGAAUACGCAGAGGAAGUAUUGGAGUCUGGAAUUAUAUUAGCCCUAAAAUGGGAGGAAUUGGAUUUGCAAGUUGCAUUGUUUGCUUGUUUGUGUCCCUUUACUACAACGUCAUCAUUGGAUGGAGUUUAUUUUAUUUCUCUCAGUCAUUUCAACAUCCACUUCCGUGGGAUCAGUGCCCUUUGGUGAAAAAUGCUACUAAUACUUAUGUGGAACCCGAAUGUGAGAAGAGUUCAGCAACUACCUAUUAUUGGUACCGAGAAGCUCUGGAUAUUUCUGACUCAAUCGCAGAAGGUGGAGGACUAAACUGGAGGAUGACACUUUGCUUGCUGGCUGCCUGGGUAUUAGUCUGUCUGGCUAUGAUUAGAGGCAUUCAGUCUUCAGGAAAGGUGAUGUACUUCAGUUCUCUCUUCCCAUAUGUCGUCCUUACAUGCUUCCUUGUUCGAGCUUUACUUUUAAAUGGAUCUAUUGAUGGCAUUCGACACAUGUUUACGCCUAAGCUUGAGAUUAUGUUGGAGCCCAAAGUAUGGAGAGAAGCCGCCACACAAGUGUUCUUUGCGUUAGGGCUGGGAUUUGGAGGAGUCAUUGCUUUUUCAAGCUACAACAAGAGAGACAACAACUGCCAUUUUGAUGCUGUCCUUGUGUCACUCAUCAACUUUUUUACUUCGGUUCUAGCCACUUUGGUGGUGUUUGCAGUAUUAGGAUUUAAGGCAAAUAUCAUGAAUGAGAGCUGCGUCUCUGAAAACACUGGAAGAAUAGUCAGACUUCUUGAAAUGGGCAAUCUUAGUCGAGAUAUUAUUCCCCAUCACAUCAAUUUCUCAAGUGUUACUACAAAGGACUACCAGCAGGUGUAUGAUAUCAUUAAGAAUGUAAAAGAGGAAGAAUUUGGCCAGCUCGGGUUAGCUGCUUGUCAGAUUGAAGAUGAACUUGAUAAAUCUGUGCAGGGAACCGGUCUGGCCUUCAUUGCUUUUACUGAAGCUAUGACACAUUUCCCAGCUUCACCAUUCUGGUCAGUGAUGUUCUUCCUCAUGUUGGUGAACUUGGGCCUUGGUAGUAUGUUUGGAACCAUUGAGGGAAUUACCACACCCAUUGUUGAUACAUUUAAAGUGAGGAAGGAAUAUCUUACGGUUGGAUGUUGCCUUUUGUCAUUCUGCAUUGGACUUCUGUUUGUGCAGCGAUCAGGAAAUUAUUUUGUAACUAUGUUUGAUGAUUAUUCUGCUACAUUGCCUCUGCUCGUCAUCGUCAUCUUAGAAAAUGUUACUAUUGCCUGGAUAUAUGGGAUAGACAAGUUCAUGGAUGACCUAAAGGAUAUGCUUGGUUUUACACCUUACAAAUACUAUUACUAUAUGUGGAAAUAUCUUUCCCCUGUUUUGCUAAUCAUUUUGCUUGUUGCGAGUAUAGUUCAAAUGGGAUUCACCCCACCAGCUUACUAUGCAUGGAUUGCGGAAAAGGCCGACGAAGAACGUCUCAGCUACCCGACAUGGGGGCUUGUGGUUUGUAUAUCACUCAUAGCCUUUGCUUUAUUGCCAAUACCUCUAGUUUUCAUUGUUCGUUUCUUCAACCUCAUUGAUGACAGCAGUGGCAGCCUGGCAUCAGUGUCUUAUAAGAGAGGACGCAUUAUCAAGGAACUGUCCAAUCCAGAAGAAGAUGAUGCUAGUCUAAUUCAUGAGAAGAUUCAAAGUGAAAUGCCAUCUCCAAACAUUGGAAACAGUAUUUACAGGAAGCAAAGCGGAUCACCAGCUUUCAAUCUGGAUACAGCUCCCAACGGGCGUUAUGGUAUUGGGUACUUAAUGGCAGAUGCGCCAGACAUGCCUGAAUCUGACUUAUAGCUGAAUCUACAAGCAAAUGACAAAAAGAAA